ACACUUAUUUUGACAUUCGUUAUGGCUGGCGUUCUUCUGUUGGGAACUUGCGAUACCAAGCUUGAUGAACUUUUGUUCCUGCGCGAUGCGAUCAAAAAAUCCAGCCCUGCAGUUCAUGUAGUGUUAAUCGAUGUUGGCAGGCAGCCAGUCGAGCAUGAAGCCAUCACUUACACACAGAAGCAAUUGUUGAAAGAUCAUGGGGAAAGCAAAGACUUGGGUGAUCUCCCUCGUGGAGAGGUCAUUAAAUUCAUGGCAAAUUGCGCCACAAAGCCGGUAAAACAACUGUACGAACGAGGGGACGUUCAUGGUAUUAUUUCAGCGGGGGGAUCAGGUGGAACCUCGCUCGCAUCUACAGUCAUGAGGGAUGCACUUCCACUUGGGUUUCCCAAAUUAAUCGUGUCCACGGUCGCAAGUGGAGACACGGGUCCAAUUGUUGAAGAAACCGAUAUCACGCUCAUGUACUCGGUCGUUGAUGUUGCAGGCCUGAACCAGCUUCUGAAGAAUGUACUGAGCAAUGCUGGGGCUGCCAUCGCCGGAAUGGCCACCUCAUAUUACUCAAGAAAAACGUCAGAGUCUUCUCCGUCGACGAAGAGAGUUGGAGUAACCAUGUUUGGCGUCACCACACCGGCUGUUGAUGCUAUUCGGACACAUCUAGAAUCUAAAUACAAGAUUGAGACAUACGUUUUUCAUGCCACUGGACACGGAGGCAAGGCCAUGGAACGCCUCAUUCGAGAAGGUGGCCUUGAUGCGGUGCUUGAUCUGACUACGACUGAGAUCUGCGACAACCUCACUGGUGGCGUCAUGAGUGCUGGGCCGACUCGACUUGAUGCUGCUCUAGAAGCCGGUAUACCAAACAUCAUCUCUGUUGGUGCGACCGACAUGACGAAUUUUGGACCCAGGACUACAGUACCAGAGAAAUACGAAGAUCGUCUAUUGUACGAGCACAAUCCAGUGGUAACGUUGAUGAGAACAUCAAGAGAAGAGGCAAAGGCGGUUGGGGAGUUCAUCGCGCAGAAGAUAAAAGGUUCCAUGAAUAAGGGAAUAACAACUCAAGUCUGGUUGCCUAAGGGAGGGGUCAGCAUGAUCUCAGAACCAGGCGGCCCUUUCGCAGAUGCGGAGGCUGACAAUGCCUUAUUCGAUGCAAUCAAAACUGGACUUGCACAUACCGCAAUCCGAGUUGUCGACGACAAACGGGCAAUUAAUGAUCCUGGGUUUGCAAUUGAUAUUGCCGAGGCAUUGGUCGAAGAAAUGGGCAUCGACGACUAA